AGCCAACGGUAACAUGAUAUUUUUUCUAGCAGUUGACGGAGUCUCGCAGAGUGUUUUGAGAAGAAUAUUUUGAGUUAUUUCGAGCUGUCCUAUUUUCGGAUCACGCCUGACUUUUUCAGCUUAAACGCGCGUGCAGCAUAAAUAAGUUCCUAUUCUAUUUUAUCUGUACCAAAAAAUAUCGCAACUAAAUAUGUAGGUAAAAACAGGAACUCCAAUGUUAUUCGAUAUGUUAAAAACUAAAAAAAGUAAUAGGAACAAAUAAUUCAUUCGAUACAUUAUUCAAAAAUUUGUUAUUUCAGGUUGUGAAAAAACAAAUAAUUCUCUGACAAAAUCGGCAAAAAACAUCUCAAAUGGAUGAAAAAACCGAUGCAACCGUCUCUUCUUCUAUCAUAAAGGAGAAAUUUCUUCCACAAUUUACAUUUUCCCAUCUGUUAUUCCGUCAAUAUCGUGUUACAGUAUUUUCCUCGUCUAAUUUAGAAUACGUUUCAAGUUCUCGUUAAGGACUGCGUAAUUCGAAGAACAUCCAGUGAAAUACCCUAUACAACGUGAUUAAUGGAUACAUUCAGAUGAAGUUUACGAGUAACGAAGAAAGCCCCUAAUAUUCGGAACGCGAGAUACACACGCGUAACAGCGGCUGCUGUUGCACGCAUAUUGAGGCCCAACGGGCCCCGAUAUCUUGGCGCGUGUGGUCUACGUUUUCUGCGCGCUUGUGUGUGUGUAUACGCCUGCAUUUGUGUGCGUGUUAUUCGCCCGUAUGCUGAUGAUAGUGUUACAGAACGAGCAGAGCCCACUGGAGCCCGAGGAAGCGAGGAGGCGCAUAGAAGAAGCAAACAGCGGUGGGCCAGGCAGUGCCGGCCCCGCUCUGGGCCCGACGGGGGGACCUGGGGUCACAUUCCAAGAUGGCUGUGCCUGAGGAAUGCAGUGGGUGCCCCCCUGAGACGCCUGCCUCCCUCCUUUUUUAUUAAUCGCUCCCAUUUGCCCGUUCUAGCGAAAAGAAACCCCCUCGUUACCGCUCGCGAACGCGCCGAGUGCUUAUCGAGAGGUGCGAACGAGCCGACGUCACGUAGCAAUCAAGAGAAACAGACGAGAUAAGUCCCACCGGGAAAGAGAGAGCGAUAGAGAGAGAGAAGAGAAGUGUAGCACGUUCAAAAUCCGGGGCCCGAUCGGUUUUCACGCCAGCUCACCCGCCGCAGAUAAUGCCCAUGCCAGAGGAUGCUACUAGCUCGUCUUAAGCAAUGUCUCAUAGGGAUAUCUCUGAGGUGGAGCCCGAAGGUACGUCGGCCUUGGCCGCUGGAUCCCGGGCACUAUUCCUAGAAACAGUCCGCAGAAGUAAUGCGGCAUGCCAGAAUGGGGAUUACGCGCUUGCCGCAACUUUGUAUACAGAAGCCCUUGCUUUGGACCCCCUCAGCCAUGUAUUGUACUCUAAUAGAUCGGCCGCACGGCUGAAGAUGGGAUUAUUCGCGCUCGCAUUGCAGGAUGCUGUCAGAGCCACUGAGCUAAGUCCACAAUGGCCAAAAGCGUACUAUCGUCAAGGAGUGGCAUUGCAAUGUCUAGGGCGUCACGGAGAAGCUCUCGUAGCUUUCAGCACAGGAUUAGCUCAUGAUGCAUCCAAUCGCCAAUUAUUAUCCGGUUUAGUUGAAGCAUCUUUAAAGUCUCCGUUACGACCGACCUUGGAGCCGACAUUUCAACAAUUACGUGCAAUGAAGCUGGAUGAAUCUCCGUUUGUCGUUAUAUCUGUAGUAGGUCAGGAGCUACUUGGGGCUGGACAAUACAGAGCGGCUGCUGGCGUGUUGGAAGCUGCGCUUACUAUCGGAUCAUGCAGCUUAAAACUAAGGGGCUCCGUGUUUUCUGCUCUGUCCAGUGCGUACUGGGCAUUGAACUCUUUAGACAAAGCGAUAAACUAUAUGCAACAAGAUUUAGGAGUUGCCCGUUCCUUGGGGGAUACACAAGGCGAGUGCAGAGCCCACGGAAAUUUGGGUUCCGCUUAUUUUAGUAAAGGCAGUUUCAAAGAAGCUUUAACAGCUCACAGAUAUCAACUUGUUCUGGCAAUGAAGUGCAAAGAUACUCAGGCGGCUGCUUCGGCCUUGACCAGUUUGGGGCAUGUUUACACGGCAAUCGGUGAUUUGCCGAAUGCCCUAGCUUCCCAUAAACAGUGCGUGCAAUUAGUUAAGCAGAUGGGCGAUCGGCUUCAGGAAGCUCGCGAGAUUGGUAAUGUCGGAGCGGUCUACUUAGCAAUGGGAGAGUUUGAGAGCGCCGUUGAUUGUCACACGCAACAUCUGAGGAUAGCCAGACGACUCGGGGAUCGUGUAGAGGAGGCGAGAGCCUUCAGCAAUCUGGGAUCAUCUCAUCACUAUCGCAGAAAUUUCGGGCAGGCGAUGGCUUAUCACGAGAACGUUCUGAGAAUAGCGCAAGAACUCGGAGAUAGGGCGAUAGAAACUAGAGCAUAUGCAGGACUGGGUCAUGCCGCUAGAUGUGCAGGCGAUCUAGCACAAGCCAAGCUUUGGCAUCAGAGACAGCUUGACGUAGCGUUGGCCACAAAGGACAAGGUAGCCGAGGGACGAGCUUGCAGCAAUCUUGGUAUAGUGUAUCAAUUGCUAGGCGAACACGACGCUGCUUUGAAAUUACAUCAAGCUCAUUUGGGAAUUGCAAGAUCAUUAGGAGAUAAAGCUGGCAUGGGUAGAGCGUAUGGAAAUAUUGGGAAUGCUUAUAACGCUCUAGGUUAUUACGAACAAGCCAUCAAGUACCACAAACAGGAGUUGACGAUAAGCAAAGAGGUUAACGACCGCAGCUCUGAAGCUAGUACACAUGGAAACUUGGCAGUUGCGUAUCAAGCUGUGCAAGGCCAUGAAGCAGCAUUGAGACAUUACAGAGCUCACUUGGCUAUAGCGCGUGAAUUGAAGGAUACAGCUGGCGAAGCGUGCGCUUUAUUGAAUCUCGCUAACUGUCUGUCUUCGCGCGGUAGAUUCGAAGAGGCAGUGCCAUACUACGAACAUUAUCUCAUGUUGUCGCAAGAACUGCACGAUGUAGAAGGCGAGGCUAAAGCGUGCCAUUUCCUGGGAUACGCUCAUUAUUGCUUGGGAAAUCACCGGGAAGCUGUCAGAUAUUAUGAUCAGGACUUAGCAUUAGCGAAGGACCUGCAGGACAAGUCAGGGAUGGGCAGAGCUUAUUGCAAUCUGGGAUUAGCACAUUUGGCAUUGGAAAAUUUAGACACGGCUUUGGAGUGCCAGAAAUAUUAUUUGGCUAUUGCGCAUAUGACCAAACAUUUGGCCGGCAAGUUUCGCGCUCUUGGGAACAUCGGUGAUUGUUUGUUACGCAUGGGAGAGGUCGACGAAGCUAUCAAGAUGCAUCAACGUCAGUUGAAUUUAGCCCGUCAAGCUGCCGAUCGAGGACUGGAAGCGGCAGCCUAUGGCGCACUAGGGAUCGCUCAUCGAGCUACGAAGAACUUGGACAAGGCAUUGGGUUUUCACACGCAGGAAUUAACUCUGAGGCAAGAAGCCGGUGAUCUGCGCGGCGAAUGCAGAGCGCAUGGAAAUUUGGGUGCGGUGCAUAUGGCAUUAGGACAAUAUACUCAUGCAGUUAAGUGUUAUCAGGAACAGUUGGAGAGAGCCAAGGAACUAGCAGAUUCUGGAGUAGAAGCUCAAGCAUUAGGAAAUUUGGGCAUAGCUAGACUGAACAUGGCACAUUACGAAGAUGCUAUCGGUUAUUUCGAGCAACAGUUAGCGACUUUAGAGCCACUGACCACUGGCACAGCUUUACUCGAUAAAGCCCGAGCACUCGGCAACUUGGGAGACUGUUACGAAGCUUUAGGUGAUCUGGAAGAAGCUAUCAAAUGUCACGAGCAACAAUUGACGGCCGCGAUAAAGUUAAAGAGUAUCAGAGAUCAGGAGAGAGCGUACCGAGGAUUAGGAAGAGCCCGAGAAGCAACUGGCAAUUUGCAGGAAGCGUUGGUGUGUUUCGAGAAGAGAUUAGUGGCCGCUCAUGAAGUGGACAGUCCUGAAGCGAGAGGUGCCGCGUACGGUGAUCUAGGCAGGGUACACGCUGCAUUGGGUAAUCAUGAACAGGCUGUCAGUUGUUUGUCCCAUCAACUGGCCCUGGCUAGAGGGCUUGGUGACAAAGCGGCCGAGGCUGAAGCAGCCAGCGGAUUAGGAGCGGUGCAUCUUUUAAUGGACGAUCCAAAUUCUGCAUUACGUCACCAUCAAUUGGAACUAUCAAUCGCUGAGGGUUUGGAUGCAGCUGGUCUGCAAGCUCGCGCUUGUGCUAAUCUGGGAGUGACUCAGGAAACAUUGGGACAGUACGAGGAAGCCAUAAGGUUGCAGGAACAGUCAUUGAGCCUGGCGGCUGCGGCGGGAGAUCAACCGGCCCGAGCAGCGGCUUUCUCGAGUUUGGGAAGACUUCAUCAUUUGUGCGGAGAUUUAUCCCGCGCUCUGAGUUACUUACAAUCCGGCUUGUCUCUAUCCGAGGGCCUAGGCAGAAGAGAAGAAGCGGCCAGGUUAAGACAUAGACUCGGUCUGGUGCACUGGGAAGCCGGGGAAGCGAGCAUUUCUGUGGAACACUUAGAAAAAGCUGCGAAUUUGUUAGAAUCUUUGGACGGUACUUCUGUAUCAUUAACUUGCGGUCAACCUAGCCGAGUGGAAUUGUUGUCGGAAACAUAUAGGAUGCUGCAGAAGGUGCUAAUCAGCUUGAAUCGAGCGGAAGAAGCUCUAAAUUGGGCAGAAAGAUCGAGACGAUCUCAGAGCAAUUCCUUGGACGAUGCGGCUCACUAUUCCGAGAUAAUCGAUCGACAACGUGGAGUUAUUUUGUAUUACAGUGAGGUAGGCUGCGAAUUACACGCAUGGUGUUUGGCACCAGGACGUGGAUUGUUGCGAUUCCAUUCUACUACUUUAGACGACGGUGUAGGGCUGGAGAAGAGAGUCAUUCAAGCGCGCGAGGCGCUACUCGACGAAAGUAAUGACCUCAUAGAGGAAUCCACUAAGAUACCAUCGAGAGGUCACCAUUUGAACGCUAGUUCGUACAGUUUAAGCAGUCUCUUCAGCGUCGGCUCUGUGAGUUCUCGCGCUGGGAGUGCUCGUUGGGGACGAGGAGUGAAAGGACCUACAUGGCAGGCACCGUUGCCGAUACAGGUGCUUUAUGAUCUCCUUCUCGCCCCUUUCGAAGAUCUGCUGCCACCGCCGCGAAAAGAGUUGAUUAUGGUGGUGGAGAAGUCUCUCUACUUAGCACCAUUCCCAGCUCUGCAGUCUAAUCCGGGUGAAGACUAUCUGUGCGAGAGGUUCUCGUUAUUAGUGGUGCCGUCUCUCGCGGCUCUUAGAAAAAGAUCGAAAACACCUGUGCUGGAAGGCGGUGCUACUGUGGCUGCAUUAGUCGUUGGAAAUCCUGUUUUACCGGAAGACGUCAGGGAGGAAUACGGAUGGCCCGAGAGUGUCGCUUCUACCGAGACCGAGUCAGAAAUAGUCGCCGAAUUGUUAGAAGCCCGUGCGAUGACUGGACUUGAGGCUACGCGAUCGGCAGUUCUGAGGUCUCUACCGGACGUAGAGUGCGUUCACCUGACAGUGCCGGUCUUCUGGAACACUGGUAAUUUAGCAUUCACUGCUGACCAGUGCGAGGAGUCGUCCGAAAGACCAGAAUACCUGAUAAGCCAGGCAGAUAUACUGAGACUGAGAAUGUCUGCGCGUUUAGUGGUCGUGUCCAGCGGUCACAGUUGGAACAACGUGGAAAGCACGAGCGCAACGUCGGACGGUAUACAGAAUCUCGCAAAGACUUUAUUAAACGCGGGAGCACAAUGCGUGCUGAUAGGAAUGUGGGCGGUACCGCCGACCGCCGGUAGUAUUUUGCUGCGAGCGUUUUACAGCGCGAUGCUGCAAGGCGCAAGAGCGUCGCGAGCCUUGGCUGAGGCGAUGCAGACUGUUCAGCAUACGAGACAUUUCGCUCAUCCCGCGAAUUGGGCCGGAUGGCUGCUCAUUGGCGGAGAUGCAAGAUUGUCUAACAAGGUCGCGCUCAUGGGUCAAGCAUUGGCAGAAUUACUGCGCGGCGGUCCCGAACAGAGCAGAGACGCGCUACGUGUGACACUUCAUUUGGUGGAAAAGUCGCUACAGAGAAUUCAUCGUGGACAGAAGAACGCAAUGUACACUACACAGCGCAGCAUCGAGAAUAAAGUGGGUGCAGCUACCGGUUGGCGAGAACUUCUCAUGUCUGUAGGAUUUAGAUUCGAACCAGCCGGCAAUGGUAUACCAUCGUCCGUGUUCUUCCCCCAGAGCGAUCCCGAAGAGAGAUUAACAAGAUGCAGUGCCAGCUUACAAGCUUUAUUAGGAUUAGGUCAAUCGUCAUUGCAUGCUCUGGCUAGGCUUUUACAGGCUCCAGAAGCUGCAGAGGAUGUGAUUGCUGCCAUGAGAAGAGCCAGUUGCGCAACGGAAGGUCAAGAGGUUAUUUUGCCUGUACACGUUUGGAGAGCAUCAGGAUCACACGAAUUAUUUGCCAGCUUAGGCUUUGAUUUAAUGGAAGUCGGACAGUCAGAGGUGACAUUAAGAACAGGGAAACAAGCCUCGCGUAGAGCUGUACAGUUUGCUUUACAAGCUCUCCUUGCAUUAUUUGACACGCAAGAAGCGCCAAAGAGUCUUAGCUUAGACUCAAGCAGUUCAAUGGAGAGUUUGGCUUCCGUGGCUCAUACCGAGAAAAACCUUAUGGAACGGCCACGACUAGGAGGAGCGUUUGCUAGUUAUGUACGACAUCGUGGUGAACCAGAUGGAAAAACGAUGGAACCAUCGAAUGUCCUAAUGCCAACGCCGCGCCAACCAUGUCAAAAUGGAGGAGGUGAAUCAGAUGUAGCAUUCACACCUAGUCCUCCCGUGGCGCUCAAUCUGAAUCAUCAGACGCGCAUUCGGAACCUUUAUCCCGAUCAAAAUGUCAGGCCCGGUUCGAGUUCGAGCAGUUCGGUAACGGAUUGGGACAACGGUCAUGCCACCGUGUUGAGACGUCAACCGCUACCGCCUCUGCCGGCCACCGUGUUGGAAAGACUCAGCGUGAGAACGGAGAUCGGUAAUAAUUCGUCGAGGAAACCCCGGCAUACCACGACGAGCGAGGAUAUCUGCGCGCAAACAGACGCUACGCAAUCCACGGAGACACAUCCUCAAAAUUUGAGGAAUCUGGCCACUUCCUUGACGAGCUUGACUCGUGAACUCACGCCCACGAUAUCCGAAGUAUAUCACGAGCGGAACUUAGGACUGGGUCUAGCGCCGUCCUUGUCGAAAUUGCUGGAGGAGGUUGGCUCUGUGCCGGAGAAUGAGGAAUCGCAAUCGGCGAAAACGGCUCACAAUCAGACGCAAAAUUGGAUGCAAAACGAGCCGGAGCUUUGCCGGCGGGACGAGGCCGACGGCAGGUCAAUCGCCGAAUCGCAAUGCAGCGCCGCCAGCUCGAACAAAAUACCUCGGAAAGCUCCCGCGCCACCGGUAUAGAUUAUUUAUACGAUAUUUAUAAGUGUUAUACGUUUUAGAAUGUAAUCGCGGAUUAUAUCGUACUGGGUACCAAAGAACGGGAGAUACAUCGGAAAAAAUCUGAUUGUUGCUGCUUUUUGCGAGCAUACACCUAGACGGGAAAUCGACGAUUGAUGAAGGAGCGGUUGACUUGAACGCGAGCGUGCGAUUAAUUGCAUUUGCCAAUAGUUUCUCAGUAUUUGAACUGAAAUAUUCGUAAUAGGAGGAUACGCAAGGCGUCAUGUGGGUUCCUUAACAUUUAUUAGAUACAUUUUCUGGAGACAAGUUUCCUCGCACACACAGAUGUGUUUCUUUCUGAUGAGAGCACACGUAGGAUAACGAGUUUUAUUAUGCAUGAGGACGAUAAUUUUGCUGAUAAGUUUCGCUAAUAUGUCCAACUUUAAUAUUAAUCCGUCCAAACACUUAAUUAUUAAUUAGCAAAAAGUGACCAAGGCUCGCAUGUUGUCUGAUUAAUUCUUUCACAUAUUUGUGGUUCAUACACAAUACACUCCGACAUUUACUUGUCUAGAAUGGAUAAUCUUAAUUCUAUCAAUCGAGCCUUAACCACUUCAACUAAAAAUGUUUCAUGCAUCGUGUGUUUACGACACUUCGCAAAUACUGAAGUGCGAAAGUCAACUUGGGUUAACACUUGAUGCUACUCUGUUAUGAAAUACAAGAAUGUACUAUAUUAAUUUUAAGAGCAAUUUACAAGAUACAGUGUUGUGUCAAGGCUUGUUGAGAAGGAAAUUUGCUUUGCUCAUGUAUACUUUUAUUCCAGAGAUUGUUAAUCUCAUCUCUAAAUAUGCAUCUAUGCUAUAUUUUAUUAUGUAGCAUAUCAAUCUUAUAUGGUUUAAGUGACUGAUGAGUAUACCAUUGCAAGAGAAAACUACUUAUAUACAAUGAAAUAAUUAUUUGAAAAGACCAAUAAUAUGAAGAUUUUUUAUUCAGCAAGCUAAUCA